CGCAACAUAUUUGAGCCAUUUCUCAAGCGAAUUCCUACACUGAAAGCGUUGCCCAACAAAAAAAAGAAGAAAAGAAAUAAGAAGAGAAAUUCAAUUCUUGUGCACUAGUGGAAAAAAAACAAAGUGAAAAGCGAAAAUCGCGUUACCAGUAAUCAAAAUUAAUAUAAAAAGAAAAAAAAUAAACACAAAAUAAAAAGGAAAAACCAAAACAAGUGGAAGACAGCGAGAACACAACAAGAAACCAAGAACCAGGCAAGAGCAAGAGCAAAGCAAAAAGGAAUACAUUAUUAUUAUCCACAUAAAAGCAAUCAAAAAGCAACAGCAACAAAAGUGCCAUAUGCAACCGAUAAGACUGUGUGAAGUGGUCAAGGGAAAGCAACUGCAGCAGCAGAAGGAGCAGCAGCAGCAGCAGCAGCAGCAACAACACCAACAGGCAAAUACACAGUAUCAACAAGAGGAAGCAGCGCAGCAGCAAUAAAGAAAUUCCAACCGCCGCGUUGCUUCGCAUCGCGUGUGCGUGUGUGUGUGUGUGUGUGUGUGUGCGAGAGUCGUUAGUGAUCUGAACAAAAUGGCGGGCGGCCAGCGCAGCCACAAUGCAGCGCUGCACAGCAACGUCGCAGUCGCCGUGGCCGCGUUGCAGCUCUAAGCGAAUGCCCAACGAUCGAGCGGGCAAAGCAUACGGAAAGAGACAGCGACACAUAGCGAACAAGAGCGAUUCGAGACCCGAGCUACAAGCAGCCAGGCAGCCACAUCCAUCCAUCCACAGUCCAAUUGCAGUUGCAGUUGCGGGGGGCAGGCGCAGCUGUUUGACGAGGACUUCAGGUGCCAGUUGAAGGGCAUCGAAGGGCGGCGACGCGACGUAACGAUUAGGCACCAAAAUGCCUGGCGGACGACGUGGACUGGUUGCGCCGCAGAACACAUUCCUUGAGAACAUAAUACGGCGCUCCAAUUCGCAGCCGGACAGCUCGUUUCUAUUGGCCAACGCACAAAUCGUCGAUUUUCCGAUCGUCUACUGCAAUGAGUCCUUCUGCAAGAUUAGCGGCUACAACCGAGCCGAGGUCAUGCAGAAGUCGUGCAGAUGCGGCUUCAUGUACGGCGAGCUGACAGACAAGGAGACGGUGGGACGGCUGGAGUAUACGCUGGAGAAUCAGCAGCAGGAUCAAUUCGAGAUAUUGCUCUACAAGAAGAACAAUAUACAAUGUGGCUGCGCCCUAUCGCAGUUUGGCAAGGCACAAACCCAAGAAACGCCGCUAUGGCUGCUGCUUCAGGUGGCGCCCAUACGCAACGAGAGGGAUUUGGUUGUGUUAUUUCUGUUGACAUUUCGGGAUAUCACGGCGCUGAAGCAGCCCAUCGACAGCGAGGAUACCAAAGGUGUUUUAGGUCUCUCCAAAUUCGCCAAGCUGGCGCGAUCCGUGACGCGCAGCCGCCAGUUCAGCGCGCAUUUGCCAACCCUCAAGGAUCCCACGAAGCAGUCGAAUCUGGCGCACAUGAUGUCACUGAGCGCGGACAUUAUGCCGCAGUACAGACAGGAAGCGCCCAAGACGCCGCCACACAUACUUCUGCAUUAUUGUGCAUUUAAAGCAAUUUGGGACUGGGUGAUAUUGUGUUUAACAUUUUAUACCGCCAUCAUGGUGCCAUAUAAUGUAGCGUUUAAAAAUAAAACCUCAGAGGAUGUUUCCCUGCUCGUUGUGGACUCGAUAGUUGAUGUUAUCUUCUUUAUAGAUAUUGUGUUAAAUUUUCACACCACUUUUGUGGGCCCCGGUGGUGAGGUGGUCAGCGAUCCAAAGGUCAUACGCAUGAACUAUCUCAAGUCAUGGUUCAUCAUCGAUCUGCUCAGCUGUCUGCCGUACGAUGUCUUCAAUGCCUUCGAUCGCGAUGAGGACGGCAUCGGCUCGCUCUUCAGCGCCCUCAAGGUGGUGCGCCUGCUGCGUCUGGGCCGUGUGGUGCGCAAGCUAGACCGCUAUCUGGAAUAUGGUGCGGCCAUGCUGAUACUCCUGCUGUGCUUCUACAUGCUGGUCGCUCACUGGCUGGCCUGCAUCUGGUAUUCGAUUGGGCGCAGCGACGCGGAUAAUGGGAUUCAAUACAGCUGGCUAUGGAAGCUGGCGAAUGUGACACAGUCACCGUACUCGUACAUUUGGAGCAAUGAUACGGGCCCCGAGCUCGUCAACGGUCCCUCCAGAAAGAGCAUGUAUGUGACGGCCUUAUACUUUACAAUGACCUGCAUGACGUCGGUGGGCUUCGGCAAUGUCGCAGCGGAGACAGACAACGAGAAGGUGUUCACCAUCUGCAUGAUGAUCAUUGCAGCUCUGCUGUAUGCGACUAUCUUUGGUCAUGUGACGACGAUAAUACAGCAAAUGACAUCGGCCACCGCCAAGUAUCACGACAUGCUCAACAAUGUGCGGGAGUUUAUGAAGCUGCACGAGGUGCCCAAGGCGCUCAGUGAACGCGUCAUGGACUAUGUCGUCUCCACGUGGGCCAUGACCAAGGGCCUCGAUACCGAAAAGGUACUAAACUAUUGUCCGAAAGAUAUGAAGGCUGACAUAUGUGUUCAUCUAAAUCGCAAAGUAUUUAACGAGCAUCCAGCAUUUCGUCUGGCCUCGGAUGGUUGUCUGCGCGCAUUAGCGAUGCACUUCAUGAUGUCCCACUCGGCGCCGGGGGAUCUCCUCUACCAUACCGGCGAGAGUAUCGAUAGUCUCUGCUUUAUUGUGACUGGCAGUCUGGAGGUAAUACAGGACGAUGAAGUUGUGGCAAUAUUGGGCAAAGGCGACGUCUUCGGCGAUCAAUUCUGGAAGGACUCGGCCGUUGGCCAGAGUGCCGCCAAUGUGCGUGCACUGACCUAUUGUGAUUUGCAUGCCAUCAAACGUGAUAAAUUGCUCGAAGUCCUCGAUUUCUAUUCGGCAUUUGCGAAUAGCUUUGCACGCAAUCUGGUGCUCACCUACAAUCUCAGACAUCGACUGAUUUUUCGCAAGGUGGCCGAUGUGAAGCGCGAAAAAGAAUUGGCCGAACGGCGUAAGAACGAGCCGCAAUUGCCCCAGAAUCAGGAUCAUCUAGUGCGCAAAAUCUUCUCCAAAUUCCGGCGUACACCCCAGGUCCAAGCGGGCAGCAAGGAGCUCGUUGGCUCCGGCCAAAGCGAUGUCGAGAAAGGUGACGGCGAGGUCGAACGCACCAAGCUACCCGCUAAACUAACAUUAACCGAGGACUCACGCAUAUUAACAACCGCCGCUGUGCCCUCACCAUCGCCAUCACCCUCGCCCUCAUCGGGUCCACCAUCUGCACGUAGUACCCGUGCUAGCAAAUGGGGACGCCUUCUGGGCAGUUCAAGUGUCGAUUCAGCUAGCGAUACGAGCGCCAAGGUAGCCGUCUCGAGAAGUUUGAGCGCCCGCGAAAGUCUGCGUGAGAGCACUGCCCAAGCGAGGCAGAGUAGUACUUCGAGUAGCAAUGGUGGACAAGGCAAUAAAGUAUUCCCCAAGGCUCCCAAGCUGCAGGCUAGCCAGGCCACGCUCGCCCGCCAGGACACCAUCGACGAGGGUGGCGAGGUGGACUCUUCGCCACCCAGCCGGGACAGCCGUGUGGUUAUUGAUGGCGGCGCUGCCACCACAACCACGUCCACAGCAACAGCCACGACAGCUGGUGCCACUGCAGCAGGCGGCAGUGCUAGCGGCACGACAGGCGCUGCAACAGCUGUUACUGGCGUCAAGGAGCGUAAUUUGGCGCUGGAGCGGGAACGACAGAUCGAGAUGGCCAGCUCGAGAGCAACCACAUCGGACACGUACGAUACGGGGCUGCGGGAGACCCCGCCCACGCUGGCACAGCGCGAUCUCAUUGCCACCGUGCUGGACAUGAAGGUGGAUGUGCGGUUGGAGCUCCAGCGCAUGCAGCAGCGCAUCGGGCGUAUCGAGGAUCUGCUGGGUGAGCUGGUCAAGAGGCUGGCACCUCAAAUGGAUAGCAGCGGUCAAACGACACCUGGCGACGAGAUCUGUGCGGGUUGCGGCGCGGGCGGCAGCCCCUCAGCAACAGUAACAGCAGCGACAACUUCAACGGUCACCACGCCCGUGGACACUGUGAUAACCAUCUCAUCGCCCACAGCCACUGGCGCGGGCACACCAACAUCAGCAACAGCAACAACAUCGGCGAGCGCUGGCGCUGGCAGCGGUCUACUAAAUCCAAGCGUCCAAGUUGUGUCAGGCGCGGGAGGCAACGGCCUGGGGCCGCUGAUGCUCAAAAAGCGACGCUCAAAGAGCAGGAAAGCACCGGCGCCUCCUAAGCAGACACACGCCGCGACGGCCACAACACUAACGGGUGCGAGUGUUGCAACUGUAACUGUUGGAUCUGGUACGGCGAGCGUGACAGCGUCAGCGUCUGCAUCAUCAGCAUCAGCAGCAGCCGGAGCAGCGACGAGUCCAGCGGCUGCUGCCGAGCUGCUGCACUUGCGCCUGCUCGAGGAGGACUUCAGCGCCGCCCAGCUGACGGCGCCAAGUGUCGCUGGCACGCCCACAACAACGGCGGGCACCCCGCCUGCCGGUGCAACGACGCCAACGACCACAGCAACAAGCGCAACAACAACGCCAACUGGCAGCGGACGCAGCGUUAAGCGCGAGUUCCUCUAGCCAAAAAUACUGGAGCGCCAUCUGUCGGCGGAUA